CAAGUGAACAAGCCAAACCAACAAUGGCGAUCCCGUUCGAUAACCCCAGCAAAGUUGCCAACGAAGUCAAGAACAACGUCAAGCGUAACAAGUCGGCCACUCCUUUGAUGGUUGCUGCCGGUGUGGGUGCAGUGUUGUUGUACAUGAUGUCGAACCGCAAAGACGAGCACGCUCCCGCCUCGGGCCGCGACCCGCGUGCACCGCCUUCCAAGAUGAAUUAAUCUCUCGGGAGCAGGCUUAGGCUAAACGAGAGAGGAGAGAAGUAAAGAUUGAGGAUCUCGUGUGGCUGAUAUAAGGAUCAGUGUAAGCAGACCAACGACUUCGAAUACAUUUUAUUUGGUGCAGAAAGUGCUGAUGCGCGUCUUUCCGUUUGCUGA